UUUUCACGCUAAAAAAUGUCUUUUGGUCGAGGACGUGGUGGCGGUGGUGGUAGAGGUUUCCGUGGUGGUGGCGGAGGUGGAGGCGGCGGUGGAGGACGCGGAGGUGGUGGACGCGGCGGUGGCGGAUUCAACAAGUUCGGAGGUGGAGGCCGCGGGGGAGGUCGUGGCGCCUUCGAUCAGGGACCGCCAGAACGUGUGAUUCCGUUGGGCAACUUCAGUUAUUCGUGUCAGAAUGAUCUGGUUUGCAAAGUCGACAUAGAUGACGUACCAUACUUCAAUGCACCCAUAUUCCUCGAAAAUAAGGAGCAGAUUGGCAAAAUUGACGAGAUAUUUGGCACUGUUCGGGAUUACUCCGUCUCUAUUAAACUAUCUGAUAAUGUGUACGCAAAUAGUUUUAAGGCAAGCCAACAGUUAUACAUUGAUCCCGGAAAGCUGUUGCCAAUUUCAAGAUUUCUACCUAAACCGCCACAGCCGAAAGGUGCCAAGAGGAAAGGUGGCCCUAGUGGAGGAGUUGGUGGCGGACGGGGACGCGGCGGUGGAUUUGGUGGCCGUGGCGGUGGUGGUGGUGGUGGAUUUAGAGGUGGAUCAAGCCGAGGUGGAGGCGGUGGAUUCAAUAGAGGAGGUGGUGGCGGCGGCGGCGGAGGAGGAUUUAAUAGAGGACGCGGUGGCGGCGGAGGAGGCCGUGGAGGCGGAGGAGGACGUGGUGGAGGCGGAGGACGUGGACGUUGGUAAUUCAAGAUGUAAAAUAACACUAAGAAUAAUAAAAUACACAUUGAUAAAAAAUAAA